AUGUCCGGUGCCGAAGCCAUUACUGCCAUCCAGUUGAUCGACGCCUGCAUCGGCAUCGCUACUACGAUCAUCGAAAUUGGGCGUGCCGUUCACGAUGCUCAAGGAUUACCACCAAAGCUUCGAGACCUGCUCGAAAAGCUGCCAGCAAUCCAAGAACUGUUGGAAAGUGCGCAGGAGAGCUGCGAUGAAGGGAGAAUCACAGAGGAUGCUAGCAAGAGCGCACAGCCGAUUUUGAAACAGUGCAAGGAGGCUUUAGCUGAACUAAGAGACAUAUUCAGGAAAGCGUGCCCAAAAGACGGGGAGAAUCGUACCAAGCGCGUCUGGAGAGGCACAAAGACUGUCUUCUUCGGCCGAGAUAGCCAGGCACAGAGGCUUCUGGUGACCAUUCAAGACAACUUGAGACUGUUGGAACAGAAGGAGAUCUAUGUUAUUGGCGACAAGCUGGACGCACUGGAGCAAGUUACGGAAGCACUAGCGAAUGAGGACGGCAAGUAUACACAUACUGGAGCGGGCAAUAUCAUUGCCAAUGAAGGCGGCAGCCCUACGAAUUAUGUAGUUGGUGGAAGCAACAAUCGGCAGGUCAACAAUCCUAGAGUAUACAAUGAGGGCCCUUCUAGUACGUAA